UCCUGGCGAGCCAGGUUUCUUCUCUGCUCCUUUGGCGGCCUGGCCGGGAUCUAAGGCAUGAUGCGCGCACGGGGCGGGGCGCGAGCGCUGGAGUACCUGCUGGGCCUCUACUUCCUGUCGCACAUCCCAAUCACGCUGCUCUUCGACUCGCAGGCGCUGGUGACGUCUGACAAGUUCCCGAACGAGUUAACAGAUAUGCUGAAGUGGUAUGCCCAGGCUUUCAAAGACCCUCUGAUAAAGGACCCUCCAAGUUGGUUCAAGGCGUUAAUAUUUUGUGAACUUGUGUUCCAGCUGCCUUUCUUUCCCUUUGCAGCCUAUGCCUUCUUCAAAGGAAGUUGCAAGUGGAUACGCAUCCCUGCAAUAAUCUACUCUGUUCAUACAACAACAACACUAAUUCCAAUUGGCGCCCACAUCCUGUUUGAAACUUUCCCCCGAGGACCUAUGACAUUUCAGGAACGCCUCAGCCUUUUAUCCAUCUAUAUCCCAUACUUCUUCAUUCCAGUCAUACUCCUGUUUUUUAUGCUUUGGAGUCCUCACUACAACACUUUAGAAAAAAGGAAAAAAAAAACAAGGUAAAAGAACUGCUGGCAAGGGAGGGAGGUUUCCACUGGGCCUUGUUUGGGCUCAGUUUCUCCAGGCUUCCCUUUAAAUAGCAGCAGCAACACACAAGAGUAAGACAGUCAGUGGGAGAGCCCAUUCCAGUUUUAAUCUGCCAAGGGAACUGAGAAGGAUUGAUUGCCUGAGGAUGGCCAGGGAAGCCUGUUGGGAAACAGUACUGAAUACCUAGUGUAUGCCUUAAGUGCCAUUUCAGAAUUCCGAAGAGGGACACACCACCAGAAUCCCUGGAACAAAAGAUUCUUUGAAACUGUCUUAUCAGUCAGAUUCUAGAGGUUAGUUUGGUCCACAAUCCAAAUGGUGCUCUUCCCUCCAAGCCAUAUAACAGGGACUGGUCAAAGAAAAACAUGUUUCCCAGUCAAUUUUUCAUACAGUUGUUUGUCUCAUCCCAGAUCAGAUCAAAUUUCAGGUGCAAAAAUACCUGACCUCUCUCUGGCCUUUUAGUCUCAUGGGACUAAUAAACUUUAGUGCUCCAACUUCCUUGUCCAUUUCAGACUUGUACUUGUAGAGCUGGUUUUAAAGGAUCAUAAAUUCCCCUCAAUCAAGAGGAAUUUCUCCAAAGGGAAUGAGAUUCUGUAUUUUACUUUUCUUUUUUUAAAAAAAGAACAUUUAAUGGAAAAGACUUUUAAUAAAUGAAUCCUUUUUAAAAAUUUAUUUGAGCAAGUUCCAUUCCCAUCAAACUCUUCAAUCAAGUAUUCUGGCUUAGUGCUUUUGUUGACUCUUACUGAUUUACCUCUUUAGAAGUCAUCCAACCUAAACCCUGGUUUCCAAGCAGUGUUAUUUUCAAAGUUUCUUCUCAUUAACCACCUGCUAAUUAUACCACCCUGUGGUUCAACAUCUUCACUCUCACCAUUAAACUUUAUCAUCUUUUCUAUUAUAAUUUAAGUCUACACAUACUAAUGGAGAUGGAGAAUAGCUGUUCACCACAUUCUGUUAUCCCUGCCUUACUUGGAAAUGACCUGCUAGUGACCCAAAAAUUUGUUCCUGAAAGCUAAGUUUGCUAUUCUCCAUAAGUAGGGAAGGCCCCAAGCAGCACUACAUGGCAGCUCCUGAAUACCUGGGUGCCCAUGCAUUUAUUCGUGCAGGGUCCCCCACGCCCAAAACCCUCCCAGUGGGGUUCCAUUCUCCACUUCACAUCUCCUAGAUGUUCCUUCAGCUCCCUUCCUGGAGACUUCCCCUAUCCCUACCUCAACUCUGACCUUUUUCUCUUUCGGAGCAGUAAGCAAAUCAACUACUAUUCCUGGAAAAGCUGUCAAUUAAUUACUCUUCCCUGGCCUCUACUACCUUGUAUGUGUUGGCUUUCUCUGUUAAACUGUUAAGUUCCUUAAGGGCAGUCUUUGAUUUUUGUAUUUGUAUCCCCAGUGCCCAUUCCAGUGCCCGAAUGCUUUUCAUUCAUUCAUUAUGUGCUAGAACAGCCUAAUCAGCUGCUCCUUACAAACUACUCUUUAAUUGUUCAAAAUUGACUCUUGUGUAACUAAUUCAAAUAAAGGUGGCUGCUGAGCA